AGUAUCGCUAUCGAUAAAGGGUCGCCAGCUGUUCGGCGAAUGUUACGUGAUUUCUUAUUUGUAACAUUGCUAAAACUAGAGUAAAAUGAAUCAAGCCGAUGUAACAAAGCUCAUGUCACAGCUGCGUAUAGCGGUCAGACCCAACAAGCGCCACCUGAAGAAUGCCGAUGGCCCGGAAGGUCGGCUGCUGAAGCUGCGUAAGACCGUCACUGCGUUGGUGAAGCACGAGCGUAUUGAACUGUUCUACAACCGUGCCGAUGAAGCUCGUGGCUACGCGGAACUGCUCAUUUCCAAUGCCAUACGCCAUGGGGACCGACACCAAGCGACCAUGGAACUGGCGGACUAUUGGCUGCUGGAAAAGCAACUGGUUCAUAAGCUGUUCAAGGUGCUGGUACCGCGCUAUGAGAACUACAAUGUGUCCUACACUCGCAUGUACAAAGCCCCUCGGGAGUAUCCCGGCAUCUACUACAGGCGGUCUGUGCUGGAGCUUCGUGGCAAUCCCUACCCUUCGCUGGCGGCGGAUCAGUCUCAGAACCGGAAUCUGCUGCACAAUGUGCUUCUGGACGAGGCGAGAAAGGAGUUUAGGCGUCAAAAACUGUCGGAGUUAGUUCACUAACUAGCUCUAUUCACCAGCCGCCUGUUUAUUUAGUAGGUUAGCAAGCAGUUUGUCGCUUAGAAUUCACGUAAGACUUAAAAGCAUCUUUAUUAUAAAUGUAUGUAUUCACAAAACUAAUUGUUUGAAUUAAGAGUUGAGCUUAUACAAAUGACUAAAGUCUUCUGACAUUGCAGUGAUUGAAGUAAUCCGGUUUCCAAUCUACUGAGUUGGAGAAUUAGCUUUCGAAUGAUUCAAAUUCUGAACGGAUAACUUACCCUUUCCCGUAAGGCAGGCAUCCCGCAACAUUUCACAAAUGCUGUAGAAGAAUUGGUGCUCAUUUGUCGACGAUGCGCAGACAGGCAGAAACGGAUCACAAGUUAUAGUACUACACCCCGAGCUGCUGCUCAAUACUGGCAGAGAUACAGACAGCGCAAGGAACACUAUAAUGUUGAAGAUCAGGAACCAAGCCAAAUAAAUAUUCAUUUUGGACGAA